CGAACCGCCGACACCUUCCGGGCAGCGCGGCGGGAGGCGGCUGCGAGCGGAGGAGGGGCCGCCGCCUCUUGCACCUUGCCGGGGCGGGCCGGGCCGCCGAGCCCGGAGCUGGGGGGGGUCCGCUCGUCGCCCAGCGGGGACGCACGGCUACCCCCUCCCUCCAUGGCUCUCUUCAACUUCAGCCCGGCCGGGCGGCUCCUCCGCACCAUGGCAUGUAGCGGGGCGGCAGGCUCCGGCAACCGGCAUGCCGCCGGUCGGCGGGUCCGCAGCGGGCUGUGAGGGGGUCCCCGCUCCGCCUCGCGGGGGGUGCCGCUGUCGCCGCCGCCUCCUGCCUUCCCGCCUUCCUCUUCCUACCUUCCCCCCCUCCCGCCUCCCGCCCGCCAUGGCCGCCCGCGGAGCGGAGCGGAGGGGCGCGGAGCGGCGCGGCAGUGCCGGGGUCUCGCUGUUGCCUGCCGGCGCCCCGUGAGGGGCGACAAGCGGGGCGGUGUGUCCCUGCGCUCGGUCCUGCCCCCGUCCUCCUCUUCCUCGGAGCGGAGAUGUGCGAGACCCGUGCGAGGGGAGUCGCCUCCUAGACCAGCAGCCAGGAUGGUGCACCUGCAGCCCCUGCCCCUCGUCGUGGUCCAGGGCGUCCUCCAGCUCGUGCUCUGUGACGCUAGUCAGGCUGCACAAGGCACAGAGGUGCUGGACUGGGAAGAGAAGGAUGCUGCGGAGACGCUGGUUGAGAGCGUGGUGCACCCCAGGAUCCUCAACCCCCUGCGCCUCUUUGUGAAGCCAUCCCCAGUGCUGAAGCACGGCCAGGUGUCCUACUCGGACAGCACAGACAACUUCUGGGACUGGCUGUCCAACAUCACGGAGGUUCAGGAGUCUCUUGCACGAAUUAAGCGCAGGCCUAUAGUAAAAACUGGGAAAUUCAAGAAGAUGUUUGGCUGGGGAGACUUCCACUCCAACAUCAAAACCGUGAAGCUGAACCUGCUGAUCACCGGCAAGAUCGUCGACCACGGCAACGGGACCUUCAGUGUGUACUUCCGACACAACUCCACGGGCCUGGGGAACGUCUCGGUCAGCCUGGUGCCACCUUCCAAGGUGGUGGAGUUUGAAUCUUCUCCACAGUCAACACUGGAGACCAAGGAAUCCAAGUCCUUCAACUGCCGAAUCGAGUACGAGAAAACAGACCGCGCUAAAAAAACUGCCUUGUGCAACUUCGACCCGUCCAAGAUCUGCUACCAAGAGCAGACGCAAAGCCACGUCUCCUGGCUGUGCUCCAAACCGUUUAAGGUGAUCUGCAUUUACAUCGCUUUCUACAGUGUAGAUUACAAACUGGUGCAGAAGGUCUGUCCCGACUACAACUACCACAGCGAGACGCCGUACUUGUCCUCUGGCUGACGCAGCCGUGGGCAGCCGCAGAGCUACAGCAUC